AUGUCAUAUGAGCCAUCUCGAAGUGAUCUAAUAUUUCCCAUAGGUGGAUGUUUACCAAGACGUGAAACGGGUGCAUUAAAUUUUAUUCAAAAAUAUCCUGAGUAUGAUGGACGAGGCGUUAAAAUUGCUAUUAUCGAUACGGGAAUGGAUCCAAGUGUGCAAGGACUACAGAUUACAAGUACUGGUGCUGCGAAAAUAAUUGAUUUACGUGAUAGUACAGGUAGUGCAGAUGUUGAUAUUUCAACAAUAAAAACAAUUGAUGAAACAGAUGGCACUAUCAUAGGAAUAUCGGGCAAAAAAUUAAAAAUUCCUACGUCAUGGAAAAAUCCAUCGGGUGAAUAUCAUUUAGGUAUUAAAGGUUUAAAACAAUUUUUUCCAUCAACUGCAUUUGAACGUGUAGCGAAAGAACGACGAGAGAAAUUAUUUGAUCCUGAACAUCGUGUAGCUAUAGCAAAUGCACAACGUAAAUUAGAUGAACAUAUUAAUAAAUAUUUGACACCAAAUGAAGAUCAAAAACUUCAACGUGAAGAAUUACAAGCAUUUGUAGAUAGUUUAAAAGAAAUUGAAAAAAAAUAUGUUGAUAAUGGACCAUUUAUAGAUUGUAUUGUAUGGAAUGAUGGAGAAAAAUGGAUUGCCUGUCUCGAUACAAGUGAAUGUGGUGAUUUAGAUCAAUGUAAAGUAUUAUCAAAUUAUUUCGAAUCAUUUACUCAUUCAACAUUUGGUGUUACAGAUAUGGUUACGUAUAAUGUCCGAAUCCAUCCAGAUAUAAAUGUUCUCGAAAUUGUUGUUGUUGGAAGUUCUCACGGUACACAUGUUGCGACAAUAGCUGCUGGCUAUUUUGAUUAUUCUACAGAACAGAAUGGUGUAGCACCUGGCGCACAAUUGUUAUCCAUUAAUAUCGGAGAUCAUCGACUAUCGACCAUGGAAACAAUACCAUCACUCGUUAGAGCUAUCAAAUAUUGUAUUGACUAUGAAGUUGAUAUAAUAAACAUGAGUUUUGGUGAAGAUGCUCAUAUGCCAAAUUCAGGGCAAGUAUUUUACGAUAAAAUUCAAUUCUAUUUUUCGGAUUCCGGAACGAUGCGCACGAACAAUGUUGCGUACGGAUUCUUGCGCACGGAAUCAUGCGCACGGGUACCUUACGCACGAGGAAUGUUUCGCACAGGAAUCUUACGCACCAGGUUGUUAUGCACGGACACUUGCGCACAUAACUCAAAAUGAGCUUUUUUUUAGCUUAAAGUUUUUAAAGAACAUAAUUAAUUAUUGUUAAUAAACUGCAAUAUAGUGCUACACUACUACACACUAGUGCUACGCCAAUGCGUCAAUUUCACGUUUCAGAUGAAUUAUUUGUUCUCAUUAAUGAAGCUUUUGUUCUGUUAUGAACGUUCCAAAAGUCAGUUGGAAAUAAAGGACGCGCUCUACUACCAUUAGGUCGCAAUCAUCCGAUGUAGGUAUCUUCAA